UUGAUCACUCUCGUCACUUUUAUUUCUGUUAAAAGUAAAUAAGAAAACCUUAUUUAUUUCAAUAUAGAAAGUUUCACACAACAAAACAACUCUUUAAACUAUUUACCAGUGAUGUGAAAUUCGUGUAUUACUUUAUAACGUAGUUAAGCCCGCAACAUGGAUGAGUCUACCACUGACUCCUUAAGGAAGCUGGCUCCAAACUGGACCCUGGCCGGAGAUGAGCAGCUCCUCAACAUACUGCAGUCUACACAUCAGAAACUGCUGUCCCGAUGUCAGGAGGCGAACAGCCAGCUGGAGAAGAUGGCCACCGCUCUGAAUGAUGCCAGCAUCAGCCUGCAGAAUGUCAAUAACCAGUUUAUGUCGCUAAGCAGCAGUCAGUUCAUAGAGAGCAGAGUGUAUGAUGACGAUGACCUCACCACGGAACCCCCUGCUGCCAAGGAAUCUCCGACACAGCAAGUCCCAGAUGAGCUGACCUGCCUGAAGCGAAGUUUAACAGUGUUGGAGCAGUCACACGAGAUCAUCACCAUACUGCAGGACAGUGAUACUGAAUCCGAUACCGACGAUGAGGUGCCCGCUAGGAUGGUCCUGAAACCGAAGGACAUGUACUGGGAGCGUCCGCUGCCGUACAUCAUUGGGUCGCAGCCGUGGAAGAACAAGUGGCAUGCUGGUCUAGUGGUGGAGCCGACGGACAGUGAGAGUUCCGUGAGUGACCGCGGCGAGGACAGCGACCAGUACUCGCACUCCGACAGCGACGCGCGCCCCCCGCCGCCCGCACUCGGCCCGACACCGCCCCACCACCACUUGGUAUCAGAAACUUCUUCCUCAUUACCAUCGGAGCAGGGUUCCAUACCGCGGCCCACGCCGUCAGAUGUCGCCAGUGACAUCGCACGCAGACUUGGAGCUGCACUGCCUAACAAGACGGUGGACAGAGAUCCUUCACCUCCUGAAGAGCCACCCCAACCAGCAUCCAGGAAGGUCUACCGGCCACAGGAUCCCGUCUCCAGUACAAUAUUCUCCGACGAGCCGCCUCCUCUAUCAGACCACUCGGACAGCCAGGACUCUGAUAUAUUCGCCGAGAUACAUCGCCAGGCUGGCAGUGAUACUCGACCUGGUGCGAUGCAGCAGAGGGAUGAUGGGGACCUGUUCAGUGGUGCUGGGUAUCAGCCACCCACAAAACCUAUGCAAGCCACAGUUCCGACCCCAAAAAGGCCAUCACACCCUGAUCAUCACGACGAUUAUGAUGAUGAUGAUGAUGAUCACACUGCGUAUAAUCAACAAGGCCUAGAUAUCAGGCAGGAUAUGAAGCAAACUGGUGAUACUGAUGGGGAUAGAGGCGUGAAGAAACCAGUCGGUGGUAUUUCCUUGUUCGGCAACAAAGGCACUGAGAGUAUAGGAGCCGCCAUUUUAAAACGGAACCAACGUAAAUCAACCUCCGGUGAUGAGAGCGAAACUGAAACCCAGCCUAGACAACAAAUUAAAAAAGAAAAAGAUAUAUUCGAUGAUCUUUUCGCAAGAUCCGAAGGCAGGAAAGUAACGAAAGAUAAAACUGAUUUAGUAAAAGAUUUGAAAGAUAAAGUCCAAAAGAAAGAUACAGAAAAAGAUAAGAAUGAAAAAACUAAAGUUGAUUUGUUUAGCGAUGAUCUUUUUGAUGACAUCGAUGAUAUAUUUUCUUCUAACGUACUUAAAGUACCUCAAAAAGACAAUAAAAACUCAAAACCUAUAUUUGAAGAUGACGAUGAUCUAUUCUCAGAGGUUGCACCACCAAAACCGGCAAGAAUCGAAGUGGCUACCAGUAGUAGUGUUAAGAAAAGCUUAUUUGAUAGCGAUGACGAUUUAUUUGCCGAUAAUUUACAAGCAAAACCGGAUGAUAAGUCUAAAGCUAAAGAAGUAGAAACAAGUAAAGCAGUAGAAGCUUCUAGAACAAAUAAAGAAGUAACUAGAAGUAUAUUUGAUGACGAUGAUGAUGAUUUGUUCAAUGAAUUGGCAACAAAUAAAGUAAAUGAUGAUUCGAAAGUACAAAGUGUUAAUAUAGAAAAGGCUGGUGAUGGAAAAAUUAAUCAAAAUACUUCAAAUGUCUUCAACAGUCCAUCUUUAUUUGAUGAUGAUGACGUUGAUGAUGGUGAUCUUUUCGCUAAAGCAGUUAAUACUAGUAUCACAGUCAAUAAAACGUUAUCAGUUAAAAAUGAUAGAAUAACUGAUGAUGAUUAUAACAAACCAUCAUCAAGUUCGGUUCCAACUGAUAAUUUUAGUAUUAAGAAUGAUAAUAUAACUGAAAAUGUUAUCAAAGUAAAUAAUAAUAAUACAGGCGAUGAAAUAGAAAGUAAAGAUCUAAACGAAAAUGUUAAAAUAGAUAGUAAAAAUGAAAUCUCUAGUAAGAAUGUCGGCAAUAAUGCAGCUAGAAUAUUUGAUCAUAUACAAAAAGAACAAAGUUCGUCUGAGUCAAGUAAUGAUUUUAGCGAUCAAGAUUUCGAUGAUUUACCCCCGAAACCAGCUACUAGUAAUAAUACGCCAAACGAUAAUAAACCUAAACCUAUAGAAGAAAAUAUUUUUGAUAAAACAACUUUAGAAGCAGAUAUAGACGAACUUUUUACAAAAUCACAAGAAAAACAAAAUACUGAACAAAUUUUCGAUGAACCGCCAGAACCUGCUAACAUAUUUCCUGAAAAGACUGAAUCUGACAAUAAAAAAGCCACAGCAACAGAUAUUUUCAACGAUAUUGUAACAGAGCCGCCCAUUUUUGAAAAACCAAAAGAACCGAAAAGGAGUAAAAAUGUCAACGCGUUAUUCGAUGAUGAUUCAGACGAUGAGAGUCUAUUUUUCAAGAAGAAUGAACAUGUGUUUGAUGAUCAUCCGAAUGACUUUACUCCAACACAGGAUAGAAUAUUUGGUUUGUUUACUGAUGAACCACCUGAUGAUGGAUUUGGCAAAAUCAAGGAUGAUGAUGACGACGAUGACAUGUUUGCUUCAGCCCCUAAACCUAAAGUACCUCCUAACAAUAAUUUGCCUCCCCUUCCUGUUCAUGAGAUUGUCACCGAAAAUGAUAAAAAAACAAAAUUAGAUAAUGAAGAUAUAUUUAAUCGAGUAGCGCAUGUAGAAAUAUUAAAAGACACCAAAAUUGGCGAUGAUCAAAGAAAAGAUGAUGUUUUUGAAAAACCAAAAUCAUUCUCAUUAUCAGAUAAUGACGAUGAUGACAAUCUAUUCAAAAUACCUGAAAUUCCAAAAUCUAGUUUAAAAGAAACACCUAAUUUAGAUAUUUCUGAUCACGAUAAUCUAUUUUCGAAAAAACCUGAAGCAAAACCGGCUGUAGUUCAAAAACCUACGCCUAUACUUGUAGCUGAAAAAGCUGAAGAAUCAAAUAUAAAAAUUUCAGAUGAUAAAUUAUUUAGUACUGAGAAACAUGAAAAGCUGAAAGUUGAUAGCAAGCCAGUAGAUAUAGAUUCAAAAUCUGACGAAGAAUUAUUCAAAGUCACUGAAAGUAAACCUAUACAUGAAAUAGUUUCAGAACUUAGUAAAACUUCAGAUGACGAACUAUUUUCACCUAUAAAAACUGUGGAACCAGCUAAUAAUUCUAAAUCAGAUGAAGAUAUUUUCAAAAUAACUAAAGCGAAAACUGAAAUCGUAAAUAAAGCUGAAAAUAUACAAGAAGCAAAGAUUACAGAUACUAAAAAAGUUGGAAAACUAAAAGUCGGUCUAAAUAUUAAUGUUAACGCGCUCCUACCUGGCGCAUCACCUAAAAAGGUCAAACCUAAUGAUCAGACAGACGGACUGACCCAAAGCGUAGUAGAUCAAAAUCAAAGAUCAGAAGUCAAAAUCCUUCCUGACCUUCCAAAACCCCAAACUGAAAGUCAAAAAGACGUUAAAAAACCUGCAACUGAAGAUCAAAACCCAGAUUCUACAUUAAUAAAAUCUGUUAGUUUUGAUGGAAAUCCUGAAUCAGGAGUAUUAGAUAAUAAAAUAUCUAAAGAAAGGGCUAAGAUUCAGGUUAAACGCCGCCCUUCAACGAGAAGGGCCAGAAGAGAAGCGGUGAGAAAAUCAGCUAUAGACUUCGGAGAAGAUUCUACUGAUAAUUCUAGCUCCAUAGAUGAUACGCCUAGAAUUGUGCCAGGAAAUCAGCCUGAAAUUGCGCAAGAUGAGAUACUAAACAAACAUUUUGAAUCUGCAGAAAUAAAAACUACUAUACCUAAAAAAAAAGAAGCCACAAUAACACAGGAUGAAAAUAUAGACAAAAAAUUAGAACAAGCUGAAUUAAAUACUGCAAAAUCUAGUAUUCAAAGUAGAGAAAAUUCUGAAAUUAUUGACAAAUAUGUUGAAAAACAACCAAUUAUUGAAGAUGAGAGAACUGAAAAAACUUCGUCCUCAAAAGAUUUCAAAGAAACCACAGCUGAAGUACCUGGAAAACAUAUUGAAAAUAUCGCAAACCCACCUUCUCCAAAGGAUGCUAGACAUACUACAGUUGAAAAUAUAGAAAAGCCACCUUAUUCAAAAGAUGUAAAAUCUAAAGUCGUCUACAUAUUGAACGACGAAGACAUUUUUAACACAAACCCAGUACAAUCUAGUCAGAAAGUUGAAAGUCUAGACUCAAAAGCGGGAGUUACAACUGUGGGCAAAGUUGAUAAAAAAAAUGAUAAAACAUCACUGUUUGGUGAUGAAGACGAUGAUGAAAUAUUCAAAGCUAAAAUGCCUGUGAAGAAAUCUACAAUAUUUGAUUCGGACAGUGAAGAAGAUUUGUUCGGAGAUAAGAAGAGAAAGAAAGAGAUAGUAGAAGUUAAGAAGGAGAUCAAAAGAGAAGUGGUGAAGGGAUCCUUGUUUGGCGAUGAUGAUGAUGAUGAUGAUCUGUUCGGUGUUAAGACGAGGAAGGCUGUUGAACCCAACCCCCAACCCGCUAGAACGACAGCUACAAAAGAACCAGCUAAACCUACUGAACCAGUAUUUGAAGAUCCUCUAUCAAUGUUCGGGGACGAUGAUUAGUUCGAGAGUCUAAUAAGAGAUGGCGUUACGACCACUGCCUCACAGAAAACCGAUGUGAAACAACGCUUGCGUUGUGUGGAGCCGUGUGAGUGAGGUUACCAGAAACCUGAUUCCCCAUUCCCAAUCUUGAAAGCCCUGACCCCUAAAGAGCUAGCAUCGCAAUUAUAACUCCUCUAGUGUUCCGGGUAUCCAUGGGCGGCGCUGAUUGCUUACCAUCAGGUAGAAGCAAUUGGCCUAUAUAAUAAAAAAGAGAAGAGAGAGAUCGGAGAUGGCACAUGUAGCUAUGGCAGUUUUGUUAAAAGAAAAACGUGUAAUAAUGUAUUUAAUGGGCCUACCGUAAAUGCUCACCAGGUGUCGCUAGUGUGACCCUCUCGUUUUUCAUCCAAUAGUGAAUUACCUAGUCUCACAUCAUUGGAUGUUCAAUAUUUGUCAGCUGCAGUGAUUGGACAAUAACAUCCACUACAUUGGCGCCACCUGAGAAUAGAGCCCCCAUUUAGUUCUAUGGAGUAUAGAGGUAAGGAAGAUUAUCUUUCGUGAAGACUAAAUGCUAUAAACGGUAGCUCCGAAUAUUAAAAUAGUUUUGUAAUCUCUGUUUACUUGAAUUUUGAAGUUCAGUUCUAUUAACCUCUUGAAGAAGGCUCGACGUGCAGGAGAAGGAACGGGGUGGUUUUUAGUCAGUAAGAGUCUGACAGUCUGACACUCCCUCCUGCCUCACCCGGGCGGGAGCAGUCAUUCGAUGAUGUUCCCCGCCAGUGGCGUAGCGUACCCUGGGGGGGGGGGGCGUAUACAAAUUUGUUUAGGGACCCUUGAAGGGUAAACAUAUCUCACAAGACUUCUUUUUACAUAAAAUUUUUAUUAUUUGUGUGAAAAUCGAAAAUCUUUUCACGCAACUCUGCCCUAAUUAGCGAACCUUAAUAACUUUUAUUUUUCUUAAGUUUCUGUCAACAAAUAGAAUACAAAUUGGGAAGUUUUUAUUAAUAUUUGCUUAGGCACGUUGGGGGCCCCUGUAGUCCGGGGGCCCCGUAUAAUUGAUACGGCAGAUACAGAGCUAGCUACGCCCCUGUUCCCCGCUUAAAAAAAACUUCUUGAGUAUCGGUAUAUAGACACAAUAGAUUUUUAGUCAAAUUCCCGUGGUGCUUGGCGACUGGGCUUCACCCAAUUGUACAGUCUCUUCUUUGUGCCUAGGCUUAAUUCAUUC